AUGAAAGGAAUACAAUUGGUUGUGGUGCUAGGAGCUGUGGCCAUCUCUUAUGGCUUCCCAACAAACGACCAAGGGAAGAACCUGAUCACCGGUGUCUUCAUCCCAUCUGAUGCCUUCAAAAACCUGCAAGACAGAGCUAACGCCAACUCGCCGAACAAUGGCCAACAGGUCCAAGGAACGGUGCAAAACCAGCAACCGAACUAUCAGCCGGUGACCAACGGUGUCCAACAGCCAACUUACCAGCCAAUCAACACCAACGCUGUUCAACAGCCCAACUACCAGCCAGUCAACACAAAUCAGCCGCAGUACCAGCAGUAUCAGCCACAACCCGUAAUGACGAACCAGCCACCCACCCUAAACCAGCAACCCAUUCAAAAUCAGCAACCUAUCGUAAAUAACCCUCAAAUGAACAACCAACCGGUCCUGACGAACCAACCGAACAUGAACCAGCCAGGCUCUAACAUGCAGCCGAUGUCGAACCAGCCUAAUGUUAUAUACACACAACAGCCGUUAACAGCAAAUCGUGACCCGAAUCAGCAGAUUAUGGUGAUGACAAAUCAGCCGAAUGGGCAGUCUAACCAGCCUAUUGUGUUGGUACAACAGCCGUCCUCUAACCAGCCGAUGUAUGUUCAGCAGCCUAACCAGCCGCAGCAGGUUAUCAUAGCCACGAACCCCUCUAAUGGGAAUCAGAUUCAAGGAACUUUGGUCCAGUCGCCCAAUCAGAACCAGCCUGGCUCCACUGUGUACACGCUCAUACCACUAAAUGGACAGACUAAUAUCAACAGCAAUUCUGGUGGCUCAUACCUAAUUCCAGUUCAAUCUGGUAACUCCAACCCGAUUAUAUUGAGCACCGGUAAAUAA